AUGCGGGUCUUUUACUGGAAUGCUCAAGGCUUGGCCAAAGAUGGUGCAAGGGACAAGUUAAAGGAGCUCUAUCACUUGCACAAACCUAACGUUAUUUGUAUUGCGGAACCGAAAGUUUUUUGCACUACACGUUUUGUUAGGUCGUUAAGAUUAGAUGAUUUUAGUGAAGAUGUUAUCACAAAUAAGGUUGUUGGUGAAAAGGGUAAUAUAUGGGUCUUGUGGAGACAUUCUUUGGCGAGGCCAGGUAUCUUAUCUUCUUCUAAGCAAGCUAUUUCUUUAAAUUUUGAUGGUGACUGGAUUACGGCUGUGCAUGCUUCUAGCGAUCCAGUUGCAAGGAGGAAUCUCUGGCAACAAUUGGGGUUGGGUUUUGUGUCUGUGCCUUGGCUGAGUGGGGAUCGUCGUAUUGUUUCAAGGAAUGAUAGGGCGGUUGUGAAUGAUGCUCGGAACUACAAAUAUGAGAAUUGGAGGUGCAAAGCUUUGCCUAGAAUCUGCUCAGAUCAUUCCCCUCUUUUUGGGUAUGCUUUUGAAAGUCCAAGGCCGGCUAGAGAUCCAUUUAUAAUUCAGAAGAUGUGGUUGGAUCACCCAAGAUUUAUGCCACUGGUGAAAGACAAUUGGAAUUUACCCUUUUAUGGUGCGCCUCCUUUUGUUUUUGCUGGAAAGUUAAAGCGUUUGAAAGAAGUGUUGAAGCUAUGGAAUAGAACUUUUUUUGGAGACGUUCAAUUUCGUUUGAAGCAAGCUGAACUUAGACUUGAAUCUGAGAAUGAUCUUCUUGAUUUAGAUCCGGCAGAUGAAUUUCAAUUCACUAAGGUGGCGGAUGCUCAGAAGGAGGUUGAUGAAGUGCAAACUGAUUUUGUAAAGGAGAAAUUUAAUGGCGGGGUUGACAUUGAUCCUAAGUUGUUUGACAUUGACCAUGAAAGAAUCUCUACUUCUGAGUGUUCUUUUAUGGAUGCUAUCCCAUCUCUGGAGGAGAUUAAAAGAGCUGUUUUUGACUUGGGAGCGGAUUCUGCGCCUGGCCCAGAUGGCUUCUCAGGUUCUUUCUACAGGCAUUGUUGGAAUAUUAUUGCUGAUGAUCUUCUUAGUGCCAUUAAAAACUGUUGCUUGAUGGGAAAAAUUCCAAAUGGCAUUAAUUCAAGCUUUAUAUUUCUCAUUCCAAAAAAUUCUAGGUCUGAUGCAAUUAAAGAUUUUCGACCUAUUGGUUUGAGUAAUUUUUUCUUCAAAAUCAUUACAAACAUUUGGCUACCAGGCUUGAAUUUUGGUAAUGUUGGCCUGAAACUUGACAUUGCUCAAGCUUUUGAUACGGUUAGUUGGGAGUUUAUAGCUGAAGUUUUUCGUCAAUAUGGUUUUUCUGAAACCUGGUGCUCUUGGAUUCAUAGUAUUCUUAGCUCUGCAAGGAUUUCUGUGUUGAUAAAUGGCAGUCCUGAAGGUUUCUUUAGCAUCACUAGAGGUUUGCACCAAGGUGAUCCUCUUUCUCCCUUGAUUUUUGUGCUUAUUGAAGAUAUUUUAAGUCGCAAUCUCUCUAAAUUAUUUGCUAAUCGAAGUAUGCAUAGCAUGAGUAAAUUCUAUUAUGGUGGUGGCACUAACUCUAGGGCCAUUGUUACUGCGAACUAUUUGGGUGUGGAAAGAGCUAUUUUUCCAGAUAAAUAUCUUGGUAUUCAAUUGAAACCUGGCAUUGUGCGGCAUAUUCAUGUCAGGCAAGUGGUAGAGAAGAUUAUGGAUAAGUUGGCUGGUUGGAAGGGCAAACUUCUUUCCUUUCAAGCUAGGUUGGUCUUGAUUAGAUCGGUUAUUGCAAGUUAUGUUAUUCAUUCUAUGGCUGUUUAUAAAUGGCCUGCUAAUAUCAUGAAGCAGGUGGAGAGGGCCAUUAGAAAUUUUCUAUGGUCGGGUGAUGCGGAGAAACGUAAGUAUUUUACGGUUUUAUAUGACAACCGAUGUUGUUCUAGGCGUGAAGGUGGACUUAGACUUAAGAAGUUGAUAGAUGUCAAAAAAUCUAUGCUUAUGAAGUUAUGGAUCUCUAUUCGUGAUUCAAAUAAUACUUGGGCCAGAUUUUUGAGGGCGAAAAGAUUGGGUAUUACUUCCAAAGGCCCUAAUGAUUUUAAGGCUAAGGUUAGUGAUAUCAUUGUCGAUGGUGCUUGGGUUAUUCCACAUAACUUGCGAAUUCUGCUGGUUCGGCUUAAUAUUGAUGUUGAUAAUAUGCAUAUUAUUGGUGGUGGUGAGGAUUAUAAGGUCUGGGAUCUAGAUAGCAAGGGGGUCUUCUCGGUGAAGUCUGCAAAGACUGCUAUUCGAGAACCUGCUGAAGUUUUUCCGAUUACAACUUUGUUUUCCAGGCCAGUUGUGCAUCCUACUUUGAGUGCUCAAUAUUGGAAGGUCUGGGCUAAACAAUGUUGUGAUAGUGAUGAUAAUGUUAUUAAGAAGACUGGCCCUGCAGGUGCUGGUGUUACUUUUCGGGAUGCAAAUGCAGCGGUGUUGGAGGCUUUGAGCGUUGGUCUUGGCCUGCAGACCAACUAUUUUGCUGAAGUGUGCGCAGUUAUUUAUGGGGCUAUGUUGGCUAAUAGGUGGAAUAUGCGGAAACUCUGCGUGCAGUCUGAUUCGAUGAGUUGCAUUCAAGCAUUCCAGAAUGAUGCUUUGCCAUGGCAACUAAGGCAGAAGUGGAGAUUAGCUAGGAAUUUUUAUUCCAACAUUCGUUUUAUUCAUAAAUAUAGAGAAGUUAAUUUUUCAACUGAUGCUUCGGCAAAGCAAGCAUGUUUGCUAGAUGAAGACAUUUUUGAGUUUUCUGAGGGGAGGCCAAUCUCUAUGCUUUCUAUAUAA